GGGCUUCAGCAGCGCGAGCGGGCGGGCGGGCGGACGGCACUCGGCAGGCAGGGCGGGCACAACACGCCGCGACGCCCACAGACAGAUGCUGCAUGUUUCCAAGCAGGAGGAAACUGAAAGUCUUGGAUGGGGGACUGAGGGCACGGUCGAAGAGGUUUCUGAAAGCAGUGCGGUUACAGAGACGUGUAGCUAGGAAUGGAAAAUCGUGUUGCUGAGGAAGAGGAGCCUCGUCUGCCAGUGAGCUCAGGAAAUGACGUCUCCGGGUCGAAUACUCCCACGGCACGGAGGAAGGGGAAAUUCCCAGGAUUUGGCAAAAUAUUCAAACCGUGGAAAUGGAGGAAAAAGAAAAGCAGUGAAAAGUUCAAGGAAACCUCUGCAGUUUUGGACAGGAAAUUAUCUGUGAGACAGAGCAGAUCUGAACUGGUUAAGAAGGGAGUAUUGAAAGAGAUUCCUGAACAAGAUGGGGAAAUUAACAGCAAACCUGACCAGAACAGUACACUAAAGAAUGGACACACAGUCUCUGUGGGCGAAUUGUCCACCUCAAAGGAGCCAGAAGUACCAGCUGCAGCUGAGAAAAGACCAAGUGUUUCGAAACCUCCACAGGAAAAAGAGGAAAAAAUGAUUAACUCUGCUGCAGAAUUUAAAAAAACGAAAGCAGAGGCUUUGGAGAGACGUCCACUGUCGGAAAUGGAGUCCGUGCGUGACCAGAGACGGGCUUUGCUUCCUCCCAAAAGACCCAUUUCAGCUCCCACUCUGGAGACAGGCGAGGAGCAGGUGGAAGAUUCCGGAGCCAAUGUGACUGAUGCCAAGGAUGUCUCUCCCAUUAUCUCCACCUUUUCAACUUCCUGUUCUAUCACUACCUCCAGUACCACACAAUCUUUGACCACCACUACAAAUGCGAUCACUACUGUUUCAAGUACAGCUAUCACCUCGACCACCACAGCCCCUGUUAAGCAACCUCCCAUCCCACCUCCAAAACCCAACCGGAAUAGCAAUCCUUUAUACGCGGAGCUAAGUCACGUCAUGACCCCUGGCUUGAAUUUGCCAGGUAAGAAUUCGCCACCAGUGCCACACAAGAGGAUAAGCUUCAACCCACCUGUAACCGAGCCAAACAACACUACCCAAAAUGCAUUCGAGAGCAAGGAGAGAGUACAGCUACCGUCGAAAGCACCGUCAUCAGUGCACGCACCCGGGUCGUCACCGACAUUGCCUUCACGCCCACCUUCCGCCCCGGAACCCGCUCCUCGACAGUCCUUCACACCCAGACUGGUCAAACUUAUUCCACCCACGUUGACAUUCCCUCACACCAUUGUACAACGUGAGAAAGAACCAGAUCAGCGGCCUCAUUCUUUGUCUGAACAUCAGUCUGACGCCGAGAUCCUCCCGAAUCGGCAGUCUCAAGUUCCACUGCACAUAAUGAUACAGCAAGCACUCUGCAGCCCUCGACCAGUCAUCACUGCAGCUGAUGGUUCGAAUACAGCAAAGUCGCAGCUUUUUGAUAUUGCCCUUGAUGAUGCUAGUAUGAACAAAGGGUUGCAAGUCACCUUGGAGAAGUUAAAAUGUCCCUCUGAUGAUGAAAACAACGAGGACGAAGAGGAGGAGGAACAGGGAGAACAGAGGUUCGACAAAGCGGAUGAUCCAACAUUAGUUUCAACAGUCAUUAUCAUUCCGGAGCUCGUGAGACAGGAUGAAGAUACAAGUGACUCUGAUGAUGAUGGUCCAGUAUUGUACAGGGAUGACGAUGAGGAUGAGGAUGAUGAUCAGCCCAGUUCGUUGGCCAAUAAAGUAAAGCGAAAAGAUACUUUGGCUCUUAAACUGAGCAACAGACCUACAAAGCAGGAACUUAUCGAGAAGAACAUACUACCUCGCCAGUCUGAUCGGGAGAGGCUCGAGAUUCGACAGAAGAUUGGAACAGCUCUCAUCAGGCGUCUGAGUCAAAGGCCAAGUGCAGAAGAAUUGGAGCAAAGGAAUAUCCUUAAAUAUAAAGAUGAAGAACAACACCAGGCAGAAAAACGGGAAAUCAAGAGGCGGCUCACUAGAAAGCUCAGUGAAAGACCCACGGUGGCAGAACUCCAGGCAAGAAAAAUCCUACGGUUCCACGAGUAUGUUGAAGUGACUGAUGCUCACGACUAUGAUCGACGUGCAGAGAAGCCUUGGACUAAAUUAACACCAGCAGAUAAGGCAGCAAUACGCAAAGAACUAAAUGAAUUCAAAAGUCAAGAGAUGGAGGUGCAUGAAGAAAGCAGGAUGUAUACAAGGUUCCAUCGGCCUUAAGAAUGUGUACAGAGUAAACAGAAAUCUAGCUAUAUGGAAUCUGUGCAGAGAUGGGGAUGAGGCGCGAGAGCUGUACCUGAAGCCAUGUUGUAUUGACAAUGGUGUACAAUGUAUUCAGUACAAAUUCAGUGAACCUGGUGCCAUGGGAAAAGAUAUCAAAGCCUGAUAAACAUAUACGUAAAUCAGUUCAUACAUCCUCGAAGUUGAGGUUUCCCUUGAUCAUAUCUGUUUCUGCGCCUCCAGAUUUAUACAAUAUACUAGUUGCUUCAAAAUCACAGCACUUGCUAACAGUUGCUGGGAUGGUGUGCUGGGGAAAUGACUGUUUUUCCUUUUUUUUUAAACCAGAGAUGAAUGAAGAGUAGGUCUUUGUAUAGACUGUGAUCACCAUCUCCCUAUUACCUUCUCAAGACAUAUUAUCCCUUUUGAUUUUAUAUUUGCACACGUUUUGACGUCUCAAGGAAAGCCAUUUGGAGACUAUGCGUCACCCAUUGCCGAAUUACCCUGGACCCCAGGCUACCAGGUCUUACGUUACUGCAUUAUCCUCGCAACCACCAUCAGUUCCAUGGCCUUUUAGUUGCUGGUGUCUCCAGGAGCAAAACGGACUCUUGGAAUACAACGAAAACGUGGAAUGACUGGAGGGUUUUGUGGCGACGAAUUUCUUGUUGUAGCCACUCUCCUUUUUUUUAAAACAAAAAUCAACAAGUGCUGAUUUCACUGAAGCAGGUCUCUUUUGAAAGGAAUGUAUUAUAGCAUCAGGUGCCUUUCAUCCUAAGACACCACGGAAGUGGGGAAGGAUCUGGUUUUGGGCUGUGAAAUUAUAAACCUUUGUACAUAGGCAGUGACUGGUUUGCAUUGAAUGUUAAAUCGUGCCUCAAUGGAAAAGAUGCACCUCCCUAUUUCAUUUAGAGUGAAUAUGUACACAGUUGUCUUCAUAUUUAAAUAUUGAAUAAAGUAUAAUUGUAACUUUAAAAAAAAAAAAUCAGAAUCCAUUUAAAACACUAUACUGAAUUCCUUCACAACCAAACUGUCGAACAUUUCCAUUCUAGUAUGACAUGUGUUAUCUCUUUGACAUUUUAAAUUGCCUUGUAAUUUAUAACAAAUUAAUUUACCCAGUCUCGCUCUCUGGCAGACGAUAGCAUAGACAGGUCGGCAGUGAAGAAUGCAAUUUGUUUUUCAACUCCUUGCUUUUGUUCCUGUAACUCAAUCAUCUUACGUGCGUUAUAUUCGAUCUUCAGCUAAGUGAGCGGCUCAGUUAAUUCCAAUCCUUUUUCGCAGUGGAAUGCGAAUAAUGGGCGGAAAUGAUCUACUGAACUUGCUGAGUGUUUUGGUUUUUCUUGGGAACGUGUGAAGCACUUGAUGGAUUUCAUUUGCAACAUUUUCAGUCAUAUCAUUUAAAGUUCAAGAUUCUUGUUUGUCGACAGAUGAGUGGAACGGUCAAAGUACAUCUUGAAGUAAAACUUUGGUGUAGACCCUGGCAGCAGGAUUCUCCAUAAAAUCAUAUCUAAACAGGUGAUAUGCAUUUGCUGAUUGAGUUGAUGGGCUUCAGUAAUAGGCCAUAAUGCGAACAAAAUAUUUGCAGCAGCAUUGCGGUUAAAACCAGGAGAUCGCUGAGCAACCAUCGAAUUAGUGUCAGUUUCACUGCAAUGCUACAUACACAUCGUCAGUUUCAAUCAUGACAGCUGAUGUGCAUUGUUAUUUUGUUUCUCUUCUGUUCCUCAUCUAUCUGUGAAUUUACAGUUGGUAAGAAUAUGGAGGGCUCUUUAAUAAGAAGAAGCUUUAAAAUCACACUUUCAUUUAGUUUAAUUCACUAUUCAGGUCAUUGUGACGAGGGGCAUUUGAGCCACAUCGGUGCCACGCUCGACUAUUGUUUGAUGGGGUCAAUAAUACAGUGAAAUCCCUGCCUGACAGAUGACAGGGUUAUAGAAUGGUUGGUUAAUUAAUGCAAUAGAUAGUCACUUGUCGUGCAGCUCAAAGGUCCCUGUUCUGAACUCCUUAUGUGCUAACCUGAAGCUCGCGUUUAGCAGUCUAGGCACUGUAAUUAUCCACGUGGGUGGGGCCUUUGGGCUGAGGAGGAAAGACAACUCGGGGUCCCCGCUCCUGAUCUGUUAAUUCCUGGGUGGGAAGCCCACAUGCAGGACACGAUGUGGUGGGUUAUUGAAGAGCCAAGUUGCACUUGAGGAAUAGCCACAUGGGGCAAGUACUCAAGGGUUUCCAGGGCUGCCCUCCUCUGGUCUGUGACCAUGAGACGGAAGGUGGGAAACCAGGAGCGCUGUGACACACUGGAGCCUAAUGGGCCUGCUACACUGCUAAAUAUUAAAUAUUAGUAUUUUUAUUAAGCCAGUACAUACAAUGUUGCAGGGUUAGCAAUGCCCUCCUCUCUUUGGAAUUGAAUUAUUGCACAUGUAUGUAAUAUUUUUAGCAAGAUAUGUUAAUGUUAAUACAAUUCCUUUUUGUAAAGCGUUGGAUAUCUCAAAAUGGUCUUCCUCGUACCUCUUCUCCCCGAUACAGCUAAUGAGUUUAUGAAUUGAACGCACAUCAUGGUGUUUUUGUGUUUGAGGGGAUCCAGGAUUUAAAAUUGACUCUCAACCUUUGUCUGUAGUUGUUCCUCGAUUAUGAAAUGCAGCUGGACUGGGGGAGGAAGGUUAAAAGACCAAAUUGAAAUCCAGCCUCUCCCAUCAGAAAUUUUAAACAAAGACAAGCAAAUUUUUUUGCAGUCUGUAUAGUUGUCGUAUGUACAUUUUCAUAUGAGUUGUAAAUAAUUGAACAAUUAUUGUUGCUCUUAUAAAUUGUUUUUUUUUUGGUGUAUUUUGUUCUCAUUCAAUGCUGCUUUCUUUUAUUAAAAAAUAGAUUCCUAUUA